AUGGAAAUAGUUGAUCCUUACGGGAAAUUGUGUAGGGUCAAUUCUUGGUCAUCGUCGAGAAAAGCCAUGGUGUUCAGGAGUGUGGUAUACACAAUAUUAAUCAGUGAUUUACCCUUUGGAGGAACGUGCCUGUAAUAGAUUUCUUUUACCCUCAAAAUAUAUUUACUACCCCUCACCCCUUUCCACGUUAAAAAUAUAGUUGUAUUUUAUUAGCUCCCUUGGUGGACUUUUAUCAGGUGCAAGAACACCCUAUGGUAAUAUAGUUUAACAAUAGUUGAACCCGGUGCAAGAUUUUAUUAUAAAUAGGAUAUUUUUACCGGGAGAAUUUUUUUUUUUUUUUUUGUAAAGAUUAAAAGGCUACGAUAAUUUCAAAAAUUAAUCACUACCACGUUUAUAAAUACUGCAGAUGUUUAUUUACAUGAAAAAAAAAAAAAUGUUAUUAUAGUAAUAAUAGUAUAAUAUUAGGUAUUUACACGGUUUGAAUUUUCGAUUUUUUUUUUUUUCGGUCACAACACAUGUUAUACAAUGGUUAAAAUUAUAUAAUAAUAAAAUAAUAAUAUAAAACUAAUAAAAUCAUUUUUUGGGAACAUAUAAAUGGUAGUAGUACAAACAGCGGUGGACUAUUAUAAUAUAUAUUAAUAAUUAUGGUGUGACAUAACAUAUAGGUAUUACAUAUUUUUAAUAAUAAAUAUAAUAAUACGACAAAAAUACAACACGAGCCACGUUCAGAGUUAAUACUUGAGAGUAUAUAAUGUAAUAUACCGAAUAAACACGCGCUAUAGUUCUCUCCGCGAUUGCACGAGAAAGAUCCGUACGCAGUUUAAUAUACGCGAUAAAAUAAUUGUAAUUAUAAUAUAUAAAUCGGUUACAAAAAUCGUUUUCAAAAAAUACUAGAAAAAAAUAAAAGAAAAAAACCGCAUUAAAAUCGACAGUUUCGUCCGUAUUUCAAAAACCUGAUACCCGUGUAAUAAUAACACACAUCUCUCCCUACAACGUUCUCGUCUACACACGAACGCGAUUAUUGACUAGGCGUUUUGUUUUGUUUUUGUGCGUUGCGUUUGGACAUCGUUGAAUUCGAAAUACAAAAUGAAAUUGUUUUAUGUAGGAAAAUCGCUGCGCCACCAUAUCCAACAAUGUUUCUGACGGAUAUUCGAUGUGGUCGAAAACGCGUCACAGAGGGGCGAACACACCGGGCGCGUUCGGUUCGGACUUUUCCGUCCGGUCGAACGGACCGAGAUAUCACACUGGACCGGUAUCGACGUGGUCGGGGGAGCGGUUAAAAGCUCGCCUGACGACAAAACUUCUUGUAGCUUACACGAUAUAUUACGCUGUACGUAUUAUACUGGCAUAUUCCCCGGCGGUUCGAAAACAAUUUGACGGUCGCCGGAUAGCUGAUAGGAUACCGAUCCGGUCCGGUAUUCCAUCUUGGUGUGUCCCGUACGAGUCGCCCGAAACGGUCGGAACAGCGAUCGCUGCCGUCAACAAAAGUUUUAUUGGAUAA